AACUCACACUAUCACGACAUCUCGUGCAACUCAACCCGCACUGCGCUCAUGAGUUGAACAACGCCUCUCACGAUGGACACUGCCCUCGAGAUCCUCGACCCGCUGGUCUUCGACAAGGCCUACGCCUACUUUGUGCCCGCGCGGACGGCUCCGACCAAUGGGUCGGCUGCUGCGGCCGGCGCGCUGGGACUGGACGGCUUCACCGGCGCCUCCGCCGGCUCCGCGUGGGGGCGAGACAACAUCCUGCGCCAGUGCAUCUCCAUCUUGAUCAUCACCCAGAUCGGUGCCACGAGCCUGUACUGGAUCUUCAGCGCGCUGUCCUACUACUUCAUCUUCGACCGCCGGCUGGAGUACCACCCGCGCUUCCUCAAGAACCAGAUCCGCCAGGAGAUUGUCUCGUCCAUGCGCGCCGUCCCCUUCAUCAACAUCCUGACCCUGCCCUUCUUCCUGGCCGAGGUGCGCGGCAAGAGCCUGCUCUACACCCACGUCUCCGACUACGGCUGGGCCUGGAUGGGCGUCUCAACCGUGCUUUUCAUGAUCUGGAACGACUUCUUCAUCUACUGGAUCCACCGCCUGGAGCACCACCCCAGCGUGUACAAGUACAUCCACAAGCCGCACCACAAGUGGAUUGUGCCAACACCAUGGGCCGCUCUCGCCUUCCACCCGCUCGACGGCUACGUCCAGUCGCUGCCCUACCACGUCUUCGUCUUCGUCUGCCCCGUGCAAAAGUACCUCUACAUGGUGCUCUUCAUCCUGGUGCAGAUCUGGACCAUCCUGAUCCACGACGGCGACAUGAUCUCGGGCCACUGGCUCGAGAAGUACAUCAACAGCCCGGCCCACCACACGCUGCACCACAUGUACUUCACCGUCAACUACGGCCAGUACUUCACCUGGGCCGACAGCUACUUCAACUCGCACCGCGCGCCCCAGCCCGAGCUGGACCCCCUGCACGAGGCCCUGCGCGUCAUGCGCGAGAAGGGCCUCGUGGACGAGAACGGCCAGCCCAUCCCCGGGGCGAAGAACAAGAAGGACCAGUGAGCGGGGGCGCUUGGCUGGGGACGCGGGCUUUUUGAAGAGCCUUGGGUGUCUCGGGAAGAAUCGCCGCGGAUGACUGAAGCCAGCGACAGCGGGUCUUUCUCUGGACUGACCAUAGCGAAGGUUUCAAACAACAAGCAUGUUAUGCGUGGAUGAGCGUUAUGGAAAAAGAAGAGCAAGCGUACAUAGCCUGGGUUUCUGUUGGGCGCCCUGUAAGCUGGAGCGUUUGAGUUCUUUUAGCGUCGUUAGACCGGGGGCUGCCUGCAGCAACCUGGCUCCCUCUUAAUUGAUAGGUAGUUUAAUCGUUGUGACGCGGUA